CGCCCUCCAUGGCGCCUGCGGGGUGGUUGGGAUGCUGCUGCGUGCUGUAGGUCGCUGUGCUUGGCCUCUGUUAGAUUCCUGUGUGGUUCCACAAUGCCUAAGAAAGCCGGUGCGACAAGCAAGGCCAGUGGCAAGCCUCGUGUUAUGGAGAGGGUGGGCCACGGGACUACACUGGCGGGGAACAGACGCAGCGCCUGGAGGGCGGAAGACCUCCCUUCGGGUCCAGGGUAAAAACCAAACCAAGGAACCAGAGACAGCGCCUCCUGCUGCGGGGCCUGUAACAACUGAUCCUAAAGGUUUUGUCACCAUAGCCAUUCAUGCCAAACCCGGCUCCAGACAAAAUGCUGUGACAGAUCUGGGCACUGAGGCCGUUGGUGUGGCCAUCGCGGCUCCUCCAUCCGAGGGAGAGGCAAAUGCAGAGCUGUGUCGGUACCUUUCCAAGGUCUUGGACCUCAGGAAGAGUGAUGUGGUUCUGGAUAAGGGUGGUAAAUCUCGGGAAAAGGUGGUGAAGCUCUUGGCCUCUACAACUCCAGAGGAGGUCUUGGAGAAGCUGAAAACAGAAGCUGAGAAGAAAUAAAGGCGAGGAGUGAGAGAAACGCACCAAAGAACUCCUGGUGGUAUGCUGGCGGCUCCCACAGCCUCAUACCAGUUGGCGGAACCUUGCAGUUUCUUCUAGAUCAAGUCACUGCUACUGAGUUGGUGUUUUGCCAAUGGACUGGACUGCUGACAACGAAGAUUGGAAUUGCUCCAAAGAACUAUUUCUGAACAUGUCCAUAGCCGCUCUUUCCUAUUUCUUGUCCCCUACCUCUGGUGUGUAGUGGGUUAGAAGGGAGGUUAAAGCAUUAAUGAACCAUAAUUAAAGUAGGUUUUGAAAAAAUCUAAGCCUACAACAAAAUGCACAGGUGUCCUUAAGGGACUGUGAGCAGCUCGGCCAUGUCCCAGAAGGCCCACUUGCUUUCUGGAGUCACACCAGCUUUAUUCUCAGGCCCAUUGCACAGAGGCAGAGAGCCCUGGCUCUGGGUUUCACACAAAUGUGAGACCCUCUGUUGGAAAGCUCAGAAGAGCUUUGGUGUUUGUUUUCCAGAAGUUCAGCUCCCUUCUACCUCAGGCCAGAUCAGAUCACAUGAAGUUUCUAAGCUACCCUCUUGGCAAGAAAUGCCAACCCAUAAAUAAGUAGCCAGAACCAAUGAAUAUGAAAGAUUUAUCCUAAACAUUGUAGCCAAUUAAGGUCCCUCCCAGAGCUGGAGAGAGGAUCUGCAUACUCUGUAGCAAACUAGUGGAGAGAAGUGGAUACCAGAAUUAAAAAUACCAAGAAUGGAGGAAUCAAGAAUAUAAAUAUCGCUGGGCGGUGGGCGAACUUGGGAGGCAAAGGCA